AUGAAUAUAUUACACAUCCUUCUACCAAUUGCAAUAUUGUUGAUAAGCAAAACUUAUUCUGUACCUAUUGACACAACUGAAUAUUUGGACUUACCAACCGACGAGAUUCCUAUAGCAACGACAAUAACAACAACAACAACAACGACAACUACAACAACUUUAGCUCCUGAAGUUGAUCACGAAUGGGAAGAUCUUGUCUUGGGUGGACCUACAGUCGUCAAUUAUCUUGGCUUAUUUAUGGUACAUGCAUCACGAAAAGAUCAAGUUUUAACACCAUCUUCCGACUACACAAUUAACUAUAUUCACAAUGUUCAAUCUUUACGUGCAACACUUAUUCAAAUAUCAUCAGCUAUGCAAGCUGCUUUUCAAGUGGCACGUGAAGACCUUGUUCGUAUUCAAAACAGUAUGAAUCAAAUUCCAGAACAUAUCAAAGCAGGUCUUCUUUUGAUCCAAACAGCACCAAAAGAUCUUCUUAGUAAAUUAUUACCAUACACAUUGCGUAAUGUUAAACGCGCUGCUAAUGAAGGAUCAUCUGUUAGUAAACCAACACUUGAGCGCUUUGUUUCAGUGGGAUUAUUAUUGGAAGAAUUUGCCACAUUGAUUUCUUCUACAUCAUCAACAUCAGCCGAAAAUGCUGAUUAUUUGAUAGAAGCAAAUGCAUAUUCCGUUGAUAUGAAAAUACAAUGGGAUCUUGUGGUAAAACUUUUCAAAAAAUUCUCAGAACGUGCGGAUUUUACUCAAACAUCUAUUAGUAAUAGUUUUAUAGAACCUGCUGAUCAAGUACUAAACGCCAAUAGCUUCAAUUCUCAAAGUGACCGCUUGACCUUACUUCAAAAACUUAUUUCAGCUACAAUUGCUAUUGAUCAAUCAUCGCAUUUGCUAGAUAUGAUGGCACGCACAUACAAUGAUGUAUCAAAUGAUCACAUGGAAGAUCAGAUCACUUCAAAUAAAGCCUAUCUUGGCCUCACAAUAGAAUCAGUACGAGCAACAAGUCAACGACAAUUAUGGCAAAAUCUACUAUCACAAUCGGUAAAAGUUGCUCGACUUACACAAGAACGUCAUAAACAAUUUGCUGAAACAAGCCUAAGUCGACAAGCUGAAUAUGCUACUUAUUUAGAAGGUGUUCUUAGUGCUUAA